AUGAAGACGUCAAUCUUUGCCAGUGUUGUAUUCCUUGUUUCCUUUGCUGCCGCUCAGCAAGGCUCUCCUGUUGGUUAUGCUUCUCAGAACGGUGGCACUACGGGUGGAAAAGGCGGUACCACGACGACUGUAGCGUCCUUGGCUGAAUUCACUGCUGCCGUCGGCAAGAAGACAGACACGACAGCCAAGGUCAUCUACAUCAAGGGCGCAAUCACUGGCCCCGCAAAAGUCAACAUCGGCUCCAACAAGUCCAUCCUCGGCACCGACUCCAGCGCCUCCCUCACCAACGUAGGUCUAUACGUCGACAAGUCCAAGAACGUCGUCAUCCAGAACCUCAAGAUCUCAAAGGUCCUGGCUACCAAUGGCGACGCCAUCGGCAUCCAGGCAUCGACCAACGUCUGGGUUGACCACGUCGAUGUAUCGUCUGAUAUUGAUCACGGUAAGGAUUACUACGAUGGCCUCAUCGACGUCACGCAUGCUUCGGACUGGGUUACCAUUUCUAACAGCUAUAUCCACGACCACUACAAGGCGUCUCUCGUCGGCCAUUCCGACAGCAACGGCGCGGAAGAUACAGGCCAUCUGCACGUAACCUACGCCAACAACUACUGGAACAAUAUCAGUUCGCGCACCCCGUCUAUCCGCUUCGGAACCGGCCACAUUGUCAAUAGUUACUACAACGGUGUCUUCACCAACGGCAUCAAUACCCGCCAAGGCGCCCAGGUACUGGUUGAAAGCACCGUGUUUGAGAACACGACCGAGGAUAUUGGCUGGUAUGAUGGGAAAGUGACGGGCUACGCGAUUGCCAAUGAUGUUAGUCUUGGGUCGGGAACGAAUACUGCGCCCAAGGGUACUUUGACCUCGGUUCCAUAUACGUAUACUAAGCUUGGGAGUGCGAAUGUCAAGGCGUCGGUGCAGGCGAAUGCGGGUAAUAAACUCACUUUCUAG